CCGGUGGGCGGUCACGUAGGUCACGCACUGUCGCUCCGUGGCAGAGCCGCACUCCGCUCUAUUCCCCUGCCGCCGCGCCCGAAGCGGGGGCCGUGAUGGCGCGGGUCGGCGGCCGGAGGAGCCGCUGACGGCGGGCGCAAGGCACCGAGGAGAGCCCGAGCCGGCGGGGCCCAGAGGCGGCCCUUCUCGCCCAGCUCCAGCCGGCCAAGUCUGUGCCUCCAAACCCCGGGCCCUCUGCGGGAAUGUUCAAAAAUGAGUACCAGGGAGGUGCAUUUGUUGAAAUCUUUAGCGCCCAGGGGAAAAAUCCUGGAGCAAAAUGGAAGAUCUUAGGCAGUCCAUCUGUGAUUUGGAAAGAGUUUGAUAAAGAAGUUAAAAGUUUUGUGUUUAUCCUAGAAGGCAGCAGCCAAACCAACAGGAUUCAGUUACCAAAGGAGAAUAAACAAAUCCUUGGACUGAUCCAGAGGUUUCUUGUACUUCAGAUUUACAUACCCCUGGGACAGGACUUCUCCACUGAAUUACUAAUUACUGACUUAGGAAACAUCAAAAGAAGAUUAUAUUUAUCAACAGUCCAUAAGGAACUCUCCUCAACCCCUCUUCAUGCAAAAAUCCCACUCUUCAUGAUCAAGCGUAAAAUUUGGUGCAAUCUGUGCAUUGACUUGGUCGCAUUCACCAGUGAGAUAUUCAAGGGAGCAGUUUUCCAGUCGUUGGAUGGAAUUAUUGUCUCUGCUAACUGUAAGCUACGGAAGAUCUUCACUUUAAAAUCAAAGCCUCGAGAAACUGCUGAUAAAGAUGAUGAACCCACAGAUAUGAUUCCACGAAGCUGUCAACUUGCAACAGAUGUUCCUCAUGUGACACAGCUGCUGAACAUGACAAAAGUCUGCCAAACUGAAAUAAAAUUUGGAGGUCACCGUCUACGAUCAGCAGAAUCGGAUCAGUUCAUCAACAGAGGGGCAGGCAGCAUUCGGAACAGUAAAAGUCAAGAUGUUUGCCAUAUUGCCUUUGGGUCCAGGGUCCUUGGACCACCUCCACUCUCUGGCAGACGGAAUAACCUGAGGCUCUCCAGUGAGACAGUUAGAUCCACUGGGUACAAAAAUAGCCAAUUGUGCCAUCAGCCUACAGUAGAGAAGCAUGUUAACACCCCACAAGUGCCCGCAUUGCAGAUACCUGAGUCUGAGCAGCAAGGAGAGAAAGGAAAUGCUCACCAAAUGAAGCCAACCACACCUGUUCCUGCAUCAGCAGGGCAGAGCAACAACAGGAAAGCUCGCUUGAAAAGUACCAGCGGAGAAGAGGCAGAGGCGCACUGCGGUAGUUCCACAAGAAAUGGCAGGAAUGAAGAGGAAGUAGCCACUGCCCUCAGCAUCUUCAGCCAGCCAAUGACAGAACCAGUGAGCUCCAGCACUCCAGAACCCCAGGCUCCUGACCAACCAGAUGAGUGGAUAUUUCCUGAAAGCACUUCUCUGACUUCUGAUCCAGCAUGUAGCAGUCAGUCUUCGCUCCUGGAUGGGGACUCAUGCAUUGCUUCACACCUGUGGCUAGAAACCAGCAAGGACAGUGAACCUGACCAGGCAGAGGAAACCUGGAUGGCUCCCAAGGACAUUUUCACCUUUUCAUCGAGACCAAGAUCAGCACCUCAUGGGAAGAGUCAUGCUAUGUCCCCAGAGGGGUACCCAUUCGUUCUGGACCCUAAAGAGGACAGCAGCGUGAGCAGGAGAGACACCAAGUUGGAAGACAAUUUUGACGGCACUGACAGCAGCGAAGAGGAAUACAACUGGAGGAACUAUCAGCCCAGCCAGAUGAGCGAAUGUGAGCUGCAGAUGCUAGCAAGCCUCCGGCGGCAGCAAAACGAGGACCUAGAAGACCCUGGAGCUCCUCAUGGCCUGAGCGCAUCCCAGGUGGACAACUGUAAUGUUAGCAUCAGUACCAGCAGUGAUGACACAACCACGUGGAACUCCUGUCUGCCACCUCCUGUCAACCAGGGUCGUCACUAUCAGAAAGAAAUGAAUCAACCUUCUCCAUCGAACCCUCGAGAUUGGUUGGACAUGCUGAGCCCACCAAUUGUCCCUCCCAGUCAGCAGCCGACAGAGCAGCCCCAGGAGUCCUCUGCGAGUGUGAGCGUGCAAGGUGAAGAGGACCUGAGUGCAGAGGAAGACGAGGAGGUGCUGACUCUGUUGUAUGACCCAUGUCUCAACUGCUACUUUGACCCCCAGACUGGGAAAUACUAUGAGUUGGUGUAGCUACCGCCCCCAGGGCAGAAAGUAGCCAUAGCGGAUGGAACAUGACCACAGCGUGACAACCACAGUGGGAAUGUGACCUGUAUGUCGCAUGGUUGGGCCCAAGGAGUCAAAGGAUUGGAGAGAAGAAGUUCUUGGUAAAUAAGGUCCAAUGUUGAGAACGCCUGCAUUCUCUUUGUAGCUGUAUGUGAGACUUUGAAACUUGCGAAGGAAUUCAUAAAGACCCCAGAUCUUGGGUUUUUUUGAAUUUGCUCUUAGUUGUUCAUCCCCGUCCUCUGAGUCUCAUUAUGUUACAUAAGCAAGUUAGAAAUCACUUGUUCAAAUUUUUUCAGUGUUAAUCUGUAAUAAAUGACGGCUUGAUACGCUUACAGAGAGUGUAUCCUUGUUUAAAAGGUGUCUGAAACCUUUUUAUAGCCUGUUUGUAUUAAAAAUAAAGUACAGUGGUCAAAAGACCACUUCCUUUUUUUCACACUGUUGCCUUUACCCGAUUAUUCUUAGACACCUCCCAUUCUCCUAGAAAACAUGAGCUAGUCAUAUUUUGUGAUCAGGGUGUGUGGGUGUGGCCAUGUCUCCAGCCUAGCACCUCCCACGUUUGCGGAGAUCACAGCACUGUUAGCACAUCGUUAGACUGCUCGACGCUGUGCUUGCUUUUGCUCCUCUUUGACCACUUAUCUUUGAAUUCUAAUACCCGUGCUCUAUGGAUCGAAGUCUAACAAGGAGUUGCCAUCUGAACCCCCUUUCAUACCUCACUGCUUCUGUGGCCUGUGCCUAGAGAAUCCUGGGUGGUUUUCUUUUUUCUUUAAGGCUCUGUUUGCAGCCCGAAGCAAGAAGUGUGCAUGUCCUACAUUCAGAUAGAUGGCCUUGAAUUGGGUGCCAAGUACAUUAAGACUGAACUGCAGAAGUUCCUAUUAACAGGCGUGUUUUGUUUUGUUUUUUAUAGAGGUUUUUAAUAAGAAAAGGUACUGUUAGAAAUGAAAAGUUAUUGGUGUGUAGUUAUAUUUAACAGCAGUGCUCUGAUUUCAUUUAAUAUUGCUUGAGAGAGGAAAUAAGAACUUUUUUCCAUAAGCAGGUUGGGCUCGUGUCCAAAGGAUCAUACAUUAUUUAAAGCCAUGUUUGUGCUUGAUAAGCUUUUAAUCCCUUUUCUCAAAUUAUACCUUUGUUAUGAAUGUCUCUCAAAUAUCUUCAUGUUUACAAAAUGAAAAUGAAUGAAACAAGGCUUCAUGGAGCGUGCAAAAGAUUU